GGGUGUUAGAGGUGUGGCUGGUUAGACAAGAUGAAGUUGCUGCUUGAGUUGCUGACUUUGUGUCUCCUUUCUGUUGCUGCUCGAGCUGCCGAAUGUCACGGGAAGCCGUCACCAGACGCGAAGCCUAAUCUCAACCCAAUCUACACUGACCCGCCAAGAUUCGUCAAGUCAGUAAAAAAUGGGAUGCUAUUCCUGACUGGAGAUGGAGAGGAUGUUAUUCCAAUAGUCCACGUGUGGGGUUCACCUUAUGAAAUGGGUUAUGCUCAUGGUCAGCUAAUGAAAGAGAAAGCACAAGAGCUCGUGCAUGAUGUGUGGGAGUACAUGAAGCUCCAAGUGGAGCAAGGGAUCAACGGUACUAUUGAUAUAUUCCCUGGAUGGUUUCUUAGUGAUAUUGCUAACAUUGGCCUUGAAGCAGCACUGGACCUUGAGACUGAUGUCACGAAGCCAUAUACCGGCUCGUACUUUUAUGAAGAGCUCAAGGGCCUUGCUGAUGGCAGCGGAGCACCUUAUAAGACGAUUGAGCGGAUACACAUGAUAGGAGAGCUAACGAAAGGAGCUUGCUCAAUGUUUGGUGCCAAUGAAAGUGCGGUCCCUGCAGGUGGGGGACUCCUCCAAUUGAGGGCUCUGGAUUGGAAUGUAGACGGUCCUUUUAAAAACUUUCCACAAGUCACAGUGUAUCAUCCAAAUGACACAAAAUAUGGUCACGCAUUUGCCAAUAUAGGAUUCACUGGAUGGAUAGGAUCAAUCACAGGAUUCAGUAGCCAGUUAUUGGCUAUAUCAGAGAUUGGAGUAAGUUUCCCUGAUGAAACUUUUGGUCAUGAGUCAAGAUUCGGUGUCCCAUUUACAUAUAUACUGAGAGACAUAUUGCAAUUUGAUAAGACACUUGAAGAUGCAGUGACCAGGUUAAGCACUGCGCACAGGACCUGCAAUCUCAUUCUGGGAGUUGGAGAUGCCAAAGCUACACAGUUUAGAGGUGUAGAAUACUCAGCAGCCACAGCAGAUUUCUUCACCUGGGAUAACUUGAGGCCAGAAGCAGAUUGGCACCCUCGUAUUAAGGACAUUGUCUAUUGGGGAAUGGAUUGGUUGUGUCCUGGUUAUAACGAAGUCCUGGCGGCACAAUUAAACAAGUAUCAUGGAAACCUUACUGCCGAGAUAACAAUACAAGAGAUAGUGCCGAUAGUACAAACUGGUGACCUCCACAUUGCAGUAUAUGACCUUACCAAAGGACUAGUCUACAUUUCCUAUGCUAAAGGAGAGUCUGAAACUGGCCCACUUUAUGCUUAUGACAGGACAUUCAUUGAGGUUAAGACUGCUGACUUGUUCAACGUAACUCCACCUGGUCUAGUGUAAUCAUGCCAGCUGCUCUUGCUAUGCGUUAAAUAAAUAAUGUCUCCUUUACUAAACAUUUGUUGUGACAAUUAAUUAUUAAUGAAUAUUAUUAUUACUUUUUAUACUAUUGUUUGUACCAUUUUAUCAAAAAAGUUUGAAAUUAGAUCCUUUUCUACAUUUCCCCACAUUG